AUGGCAGAAACGAUGCAGUUCUUAACGGGGUUGUUGGGCGAAGAUGCGACCACCAGGGUGCUGCUUAAGUUCCCCAUGGUUUUAACUAAGAACGCGCGGAAUCUCGAGCCUAAGAUUGAGCUCCUGGGAAGGAUGCUAGGGGCGGGUCUGGUGAAUAAGAUUAUAGAACGGUUCCCGCCGGUGCUAAAUGCGAGCUCUGCUUCACUCGAGAAGAAUUUUGGCGAGUGGUGUACUGUGUUUCAAGGAGUGAAGAGACUACCCGAAGGCCUCAGGUGGAAUCUUGGUGACUUGACUGCAUACGAGGAGCAGAAGUUAGAGGAGGAGAAGAAGCAGGGAGAAGGAAGUGAGGGAAGGGAGGGGGAGGGGAAGCAGGGGAAGGUGGGGAAGGAGGGGAAGGAGCUAAGCAACGGGUUGCUUCAAGAUUCAGCAGCAAGGCACGUUGUGUGCCAGUUUGUCACCUUCUGGCCGUACGCUCUGUUUUACAACUGGCAGCGCAACAUUGCCCCCAAGCUGCAUUACCUACAGCACAACAUGAAACUGCCAGUCAUUGAGCUUCUUAGAUUCCCCACUUUUCUGACACUUGGUUUGAACCGACGAAUCAAGCCUCGACACCUGGCGCUAAAGAAGAAUGGAUAUGUGGUGAAGCCGCAUGAGGAGGUGCUUGGGAGUAAGAGUGUUCAUGGGGAGGCUGAAGCUGGUGCAAAGGAGUUUGUGUCUGGGGAAGCACUCGCGGCCAAGGACGCGGCAGAGUCCCUACCGGAGUUUGGCAUGGUCGACAGCUUCAUCCGCUGGCUCUCCACCUACCUCGGCUCAUCAGGACCCUGGCACCAGCGCUUCCUGGACCUUCAGGAAGUCUUCACUCAGACUAACCUGGAGCUCCAAGGAAUCAAUGAUGUGCGUUGGCUCUCACGCGGGGAUGCAGUCUGCCGACUUCUUGCAGUCCUUCCGGGGGUCGUCGUGAUGGUGCACGAGCUGGGAAACAAGCCCAUGUACCAAAUGGUGACCAGCUACAGAUUCCAGUUCAUGCUGCGCUUCCUCGCUGACGUGCUGGAACAGCUGAACGUGCUCAGCAAGACGUUCCAGCAUCGACAGAUUGACCUGCUGGCGAUUCAAGGCCAGAUCCGUCGCACGACAACCCACAUCAACAGCCGUUAUGUGGAUUGUGGCGACGACUUCGGCGGCGGCCUGAGCGAGAAGCUGUCGCCCUUCAUUGCACGACAUGGACCGAAUGGGGUGCGGAGAGUGGAGGUCGAGUGGGUUGACUCCGACGGCCGGCCCACUUCUCACUGCUACGUGCUGCAUGAUUCCCCCCUUGAAGGCUACCCCAUUGCAGGGACCCAUGAGCGAUGCGUGGAGCAGUGCACGGCGAUGGCGGAGGCGCUCGUGCAUAACCUGGAUGAGCGAUUGGGUUCACUCGACAAGCUGAGCGGUGUGAAGCUGUUCAUGCCCGACGAGUGGCCCCAUGGACGGCAGGAGCGUUCCAUGCCCGACUGGGCGGAGGUGGUGAAGAUCUGGAGGGCGUACAAGAAGCACAAGCCCAUCACAACAGUGGCAGCACCAAAGAAGCAACCUAGUGCUAAGGGGAAAGAGAAGGUGGACGAGGAUGAUGCUGGUGGUGCUGGCUCUGGGUGGGGGACAGAGACCCCCGUGCACAGGCACGGUUCUAUGAGCGAUGGUGGUGGUAGUGACGAAGAUGAAGACAUGUGUGUGAUGUGA